UUGGGCAGGGCUGCCUUGAGCUACCAAGCCCCAAGUCUACGUAGCAUUCCAGGCUAUGCGCUGAUUCCUUGGAACGAUACAGGGCGGCUCAGAUGCUGCAUUUCGUGCCUCGUAGGUGCGAAGGGGCUUGGUUUGACGUCUCCAGUCCAAACGAAACUUCCCCGGCGCAUGAACGUUUCGAAACGUCGACAAUCUACUACAAACCGGUACCUCAUAAUCGGACCUACCAGCAACUCUUCCGCCUCAUGAACCGAUCUAUGCACCUCCACUCCGGGUUUCCUUGCGCUUCAAUCAUCAGACCUUUACUUAACCCUCUCUACUAUGAUAAUUCAUCGCCCAUAUUAUUUUUACCUCGCCACCUUGGACAUUCUCGCCUCGACUCUGUUUCGUUUCGCCCAGUCGUCGAAAUUGCGAACAAUUGCCGACCGCCAGGCCGCGAAACACGCUGCGCUUCACUACCCGAACCGGACCCAAUGAAGCAGCACAAGCAUGAUCUUCCAUCGUCAUCGCUCCACCUCGAUCAUUCAUGCAGAAGACCCACUCCACUAUGAUCUUCAAAGACCCGCCGCUUGACAGCUUGACAGCUUGACAGCCACCAAGGUGAAACAGCCGCGCAAUGAAUCAUGGGUGCGAACAAAGACUGCAAAGACUUUGCAUCAGCUGGCUCAGCUUCUUUCCUUAAGCCUAUGAGAGACUAG